CCGAGUUGAGCAGCAUCUUCAAUAGCUUGAUUUGAGCAUUUCCAAUAAAGGGGUCAGUGGUACUGCGCAUUUUUGCCUUUCCCGCUAUCAUACAACUCCCACGCUGCAUUGAAAUGAUCAAAAAUAAUCUUUAACCAUGUGACAUAGCAUAGGCUAUGGAGAUUUAUGCGAAAUAAGAGCAGUUUAUUUCCCGAACAAAACAACCCGGAAAUGUGUGCUUUGCCAGCGCAUUCCCUCUCGCUCCUCUUCCUCCCAGUAUUGAAGUGAAGCCCUCGAACAGAGAGGAGACGGGGAUACGAAGUAGCGGUGAUGCCGGGCAUGAUGGGUCUGAGAUUGCUUGUCUCGCUCGCAUGGAUUCUUGCCUUCAAAGCUGCUAAUAUUCAAGGUGUGAAUGCCGACGAGGAUCAGUCCCAAGACAUGGAAUGCAAAAUGAAAAGCGUCACCGUGUCUGCGUUGCCGUUUUUGAGAGAAAACGACCUGACCAUCAUGCAUAGUUCAUCGGCCUCCGAGCCCAAGCUUCUGUUCUCGGUCAGAAAUGAUUUCCCGGGAGAAAUAGUCGUCGUGGACGAUCUAGAAAACACUGAACUCCCCUUUUUCGUCCUAGAGAUCACGGGAAACUCUGAGGACAUUCCUCUGGUGCGAUGGCGGCAACAGUGGCUGGAGAACGGCACGCUGCUCUUUCAUGUCCACCACCAAGAUGGCAGCCAGAACCUCCCCGGCCUCUCCGCCACAGAUGACCCUGCCAGCGACUCUGCAGAGGAGGAGCUACGCAUCCUCCACAUCUCUGUCAUGGGAGGCAUGAUCGCCUUGCUCCUCUCCAUCCUCUGCCUGGUCCUCAUCCUCUACACGCGCAGGCGGUGGUGCAAACGCCGCCGUGUGCCCCAGCCCCAGAAGAGCGCCAGUGCAGAGGCGGCCAAUGAGAUCCACUACAUCCCUUCGGUGCUGAUGGGGGGCCAGGCCAGGGAGAGCCUGAGAAACUCCAGGGGCCAGGGCCACAAUUCCAGCGGCACGCUCAGUAUCCGAGAGACUCCCAUCCUGGAUGGCUACGAGUAUGACAUCACUGACCUGAGACACCACCUUCAGAGAGAGUGCAUGAACGGAGGAGAGGACUUUGCCAGCCAGGUCACACGCACCCUGGACUCCCUUCAGGGUUGCAAUGACAAGGCCAGCAUGGACCUGACACCUGGUGAGUGGAGUGACAAUACAAAGUUGUCCCUAAUGAACAAGUACAAGGACAACAUCAUCGCCACCAGCCCCAUCGACAGCAAUCACCUGCAGCAGAAUACUCUCCUCCCCCACAACACCUCCACUGGCCAACGCAAACAACGUCUGUCCAGUAAAACUCGAGCGGGUUCAACCUUCUUGAACCCGGACGGGGACUCCGGCACGGAGGCCGACAGCGAACCUCAGCUGACCUUUUACACUGAUCCCAAUCGCAGCAGGCGCCGCAGUCGAGGUAUGAGAAAUGGUCACGCCAACAGCGCGUGGGGCUCAGGGGCAGGUUCACCACGAAGCCCCAUCAAUAAGACCACACUGACUUUGAUCAGCGUUGUCAGCUGUGUGAUAGGCCUGGUGUACUCCUCACACCUCUCCUGUGGUGUCAACGUCAGGGUCAUCCUUCAUGUGCCCGAGCACCUCAUCGCAGACGGGUCAAGGUUCAUUUUGCUGCAGGGCAGUCAACUGGAUGCAUCUGACUGGCUGAACCCGGCCCAGGUGUUGCUAUACUACCAGCAGAAUGCCAGCGGGCCUUGGAUCAAUGAGCUGUGUGGCCGCCGCAUUCUGGACCCCUGUGAACACCAGUGUGAUCCAGAGACAGGUGACUGUCUCUGCUUAGAUGGCUACAUGAAGGACCCUGUCCACAAGCAUCUCUGUAUUCGUAACGAGUGGGGUCCAAAUCAAGGACCCUGGCCUUACACUAUUUUCCAGCGUGGUUUUGAUCUGGUGAUGGGAGAACAACCAUCUGAUCGCAUUUUCAGGUUCACAUACACAUUGGGGGAAGGGAUGUGGUUACCAUUAAGUAAAAGCUUUGUCAUUCCACCUGCUGAGCUGGCAAUCAACCCUUCAGCCAAGUGCAAGACUGAUAUGACUGUCAUGGAGGAUGCUGUGGAUGUGAGAGAAGAGCUGAUGAUCUCCUCAUCGUUUGACAGUCUGGAGGUUUUGCUGGACUCGUUUGGCCCGGUGCGCGACUGCUCAAAGGACAAUGGUGGUUGUAGCCGAAACUUCCGCUGCGUCUCUGACCGCAAGCUUGAUUCCAGUGGAUGUGUGUGCCCUCCUGGACUGAGUCCCAUGAAGGAUGGCACAGGCUGCUACGAUCACCACAUCGGCAUCGACUGCUCUGACGGCUUUAACGGAGGCUGUGAACAACUGUGCCUCCAGCAGCUCGCCCCCCUGGUGGACGACCCCACCCUUUACAACAUCCAGAUGUUCUGCGGCUGUAUUGAGGAUUACAAGAAAGGUCAAGAUGGUCGUUCCUGCCAGCCCCUCUCUGAAGCCUGUACCGAGGGACUGGACUGUGGGGAGACAGCUGACAUCCCAGCCAACCAAACCGUUUUCGGAGACCUCUUCUAUGGCUACAACAACCACACCAAGGAGAUCACCUCUGGGCAGAUCCUCAAAGCUACCUUCAGGCAGAAGAACUUUGCCCGAGGCAUCGAGCAGCAGCUCCCAGAUGGCAUGGUUGUGGCAUCAGUUCCAACCGAGGUGCAAUGCCACGAAGAGCUGUCAGACCCAGUCCCUGACCCAGACUAUCUCACAGGAAUGGUGAACUACAGUGAGGUCUCUGGGUACCCACUCAUCCAGCAUUGGAGGCUGAGGUCUGUCCUGUACCAUGUCAAACUGAACCAGUGGGUACUCUCUCAAGCAUUCAGCUCUGCCAUCCACUCCCUGGACGGUGCCACCCUCCGCAGUGAUUUUGUCUCCAUCCUUAGGGAGUUUGGUAAUCACUUUGUACAAGAGGCAGUGUACGGCUUCGAGGAGGCCUGCACUAUCUGGUACCCCAACAAGCAGGUCCAGAGGCAGCUGUGGCUGGAGUACCAGGACAUCAGCAAAGGGAAUUCCCCAUCAGAAGAGUCUGAGGAGCGCGACAAGGAGCCCCGGACCCUGACCUACCCAGCAUACAUCGCCAGCCUGCUGGACUCUGGUGCCAAGCGCAUGGCGGUGGGGGUGCGCAUGGACUGCAGCAGCCAGGGCCAGUGCCCGUAUUCCUGCCACCUCUGCCACAUGAGCCCUGGGCCUGGGCGUCCAGCCGAGCCUGUCCUGCUCCAGAUGACUAAGGCCACCCCGCUCUAUGAGCUGGUCUCCAACAACGAGACCUACCAGGCACUGCAGGAGGCCAUGAUGAGCAUGCUGUGGUGUUCUGGGAAAGGUGACGUCAUCGAUGACUGGUGCCGUUGCGACUCGAACGCAUUUGGGACGGACGGCCUGCCAACAUGUGCCCCUCUCCCCCAGCCUAGGCUCAGGUUGUCCCACUCCUAUGAGCCCAGCAGUUCGUUGGUCAUCAUGGAAUGGAAUCACACUGAGCCACUAAUCGGGGUGCGGAUCGUUGAUUACCUCAUCAGCCAGGAGAAGGUGACAGAGAGGACAGACCACUCUAAAGUGGAGACAGAGACGAUGUUGAGCUUUGUGGAUGACAUCCUGUCUGGGGCCAAGUCUCCGUGUGUGAUGCUUGGGGAUAUCCCUUUCCUCUUGACCUCCUCCAUCAGCAUGAUCAUUCGCUGCCUGGAGCCAGACACCACUUACAUGUUUAGGCUCUGGGCAGUGGACAAUACAGGCCGUCGCUCCAGCCCUAGUGAGGUCACCAUCAAGACCCCCUGCCCUGCUGUGGAUGACGUCAAAGCACAAGAAAUUUCAGACAAGAUCUACAACUUGUUCAAUGGUUACACAAGUGGCAAGGAGCAGCAGACGGCCUACAAUACGCUGAUGGAACUGGGCUCUCCCACCCUGCACCGUGUGCUCUAUCACUACAACCAGCGUUACGAGAGCUUCGGAGAGUUCACCUGGAGAUGCGAGGACGAACUGGGGCCCAGGAAAGCUGGUCUGAUUCUCUCCCAGCUGGAUGACCUGAGUGGCUGGUGCAGGGGUCUUCUCCAGGAGCCCAAGAUUGGCCUGCGCAGGAUGUCCCUCAAGUACCUGUCCUGCCGCUACACAGACACCAAGGCCUUUGGUCUCAACUGGGUAGACCUGGGUCAGGAUGUGCGAAAGGCCUGCGACGAACAGAACCUGCCUGUCAUGUACAAUGAUUAUGGGGAGCCCAAAGAACGUUGAAUGUCACACAGCAAAUAAUGGUUCUUGAGGAGUUGGAAGUGUGGAAUUGUGCUUUUGGGAUUAUCAUCAUGUCUGCUUUUUUAUUAUUGUGUGUUCUAACCAUUAUUUAUUGUUAUAGGAACCUGAUUUCAAGGUAGGGUGUGUUUGAGAGGUGAGGAGGGUUUAUUUAAACAGUUAGAGCAAGGUAUAACAAUAAUGCACAUGUACAGUAACCAAAAGUGUACAUGUACCUUUCUCAAUGCUUAAUUGCAUUUAGACAGCACUUUUCAUUACUUUUUGGAAGUUUGGAAGUUGCACCAACAAUCCCGAACCCCAAAAUGUAUAUAUUAUGAUUAUGAAGAUUCUGUUAUUUACUGUAACAUGUUUAAUGUAGUAUUCAAGUAUAAAUUCAUUUGUAAGCUGUUGUAUGUAGACAGGCAGUAUAUACAUUAGUGGUCAUUUCAGAAGGUUGGGAGGUCACGUACAGUGUGGCUCUAAAUGUUAAAAGGUAAAGUUGCCAAACCCAGUAUUUUCUACAUCAAUGAAUUCCUAAUCAUUCUGAAAUCAACAAAUGGCGUACAUAGCUAUCUUUGAAUCAGCAUUUCUAUUACAAAAUGAAAGAUAACAGCAAAUCAAUGUUUUAUAUUGUUAAUCUGUAGUAUGUUAAUAUAUUUAAACCUAUCAUACUGUAUGUGUCUUAAGGAUAUACAUGAUGUGAUCCUGUAAAAACACAUAUGUCUCAACUAACAUGCCAGUGUUUGAUACCUCUGUUUUACUAUAAUAGGUUUUCAUACAUUUAAAACAAUAGCAUUUCAAAGCAGCACACACUUGCAAUUAAUAUAAACCAAAUGCUGACUGUUUUCUUGAAAAAACUUUUAGGCUCCUCACACACUUUGAUAAUGCAGUAGUUAUCCCCAUAACAUGGACUUGAAAACAAAUGCUUGUAGAUAUUUUCAUAGGUUCGCCAAUGCAUUAAGUAACAGCACAGUACAGUGGUUAGGUUCUGUAAAUAUUGUAUUACACAUUAUUUUUAUUUUAACAUUGAUAACAGUGGGCCUCAGCUGUAAGGAGAUGUCUUUCAUUAUGAGAAAGCCAUUGGUUGAUAUUGUUAGGUAUGCUUUUUUUGUUUCAAUUUGCACAUGAGAGGUGUGAGCAUUCAUUAUGUAUACUUGUUUUGUGUAUGUUUGCAUUAUUUUUAUUCUGAGACUGUUUCCCAAAAUAAUGGAGAGGUUUGUUCUAUCAAUACAAUGAAGUGGAAUACAAAAAUGGACAGAUCAAAAUGCUUAACAAAUGUAAUUAUCCAUCAGAAGUGCAUCAGAAUUGUUAAAAUACACAACAUAAAGCUGAUGAAAACUAAAGCUGAUGAAAACUAACUAAAAUCUGCAUGUUAUACUAUUAUGUCUAUGUGGCUAAUCUAAUGUUCCCUUUUUCACUUUGAACUUUGCUAUUUCAAAGAAUAAUAAAGAAUAUAUUAUGAAA